CGCGGUUACUUCACAUGGGGUUGUUACUUUGAAUUAAUCCGAGUGUUCAGUUCAUCAUGAAUGUUAAUAACAGCAAACAAGAUCAACUGUGCAGCGAUACUCCAUCAGAAAGCUCUCUAAACAAUCCUAUUUCAGAUGUAAUAAAUACUGAAAAUACAUGUUCAGCAUACCUGAAAUCACCAUCGCCGACCUUAUUUCCAGUGCAUGCAUUCAACACUUUAAAUUCUUUGUUAUCGCGACCACAUUGGCAAGUACCUGUUCUACCAGAUUCACAACUGGAAACUGUACUAUUGGCAUCAAUCAAUAUGGCUAAACAUGGUGAAGAUAUUCAUUCACAAGAUUGUUUACGAUUUUAUUCAGAUGGUUUAAUUAGUUCUUUUCAGAAAAUAUUUCAUAAUGAUGCAGUUACUCGCUGGGAUUCACAUAUCUUACAUUUUAUUUACGCCAAUUCUUUAUUGGGUAUUGAACUGUGUUCCAUAAAAGCAAAAUCUGAUUGCCCAGCAAUAUUAGAAUUGGAAAGUAUCCUAUUUGAUCCUAAUUCACAGUUUCACACACGUAGUAUGAUUUCCACUAGUGUAACACACGAAAUUCGUUAUGGUGUUCAUAGGAAUGUUGUAUGCCGAUUUGAAGAUAUUAUUAAAUUAUUGCCACAUAUAUCAUUGUCAAACGAAAACGACAGUACGUGUCAACAACAACCAGAACAAGUCGAAGAAGAUACUAAUCCCAUGGAGAAUAAUGAUCCUCUGACACUAUACAAUACUGUUCAAAUAAAGGAAUAUUCUAUUUCUUAUGCAAAUUAUAAGGAUGCACCUAUUCUAGUGGAUUUUAUCAAUCUAUUUGGACGAUUCAGUGGAUUCGAUCGAUUGAAAGCACGUUUCCUUGAGUUAGAUAACAAGUACCACUGGGAUCAGCAACAAACAGAUAUGUUACAACAGCAGCUACAACAACAAUCAAAUGAUCAGACAGAAUUCUUAUCACUUGGUCUAAUACAUGCUUAUCUACAUCCUUUUGCUUUAUGUUCAAAUUAUUUAAGUGACUCAGUAGUUGAAGAAUAUUUCAAACCAAUAGUGACUCUUAUUGUCAAUUAUUUGUCUCAUUUAACUGAUGAUCAAAUUAAACGUGAAACUAAAAAGGAACUUCGUAAAGAUGAUUUCAUCACUAGUUUGAAACUGUCUUUAUGUACAUUAAUAAAACGUAUUCCAUCAUCAACGGAAGAUGAUAUUGAGACAAUUGAAUUACUCAGUCUUAAUUUAAUCUAUCGUUUCUUUCAGCUAUCUUCUUUCAAUGGGAAAAUGAACACACUGAACGAAUUAAUUCGUCUAUUACCUAAUACUAAUUCAUUACGAGUUGGUCAGUGGAUUACAGAUAUUAAGUUAUUAAAAUUAUUACUUCGUGAAAAUUUGCAUCAAUUACAAUAUGUGGAAAAAGUUGAAGAGAUAAUACGUUUUAUGAUUAGAAAAUUAUUAUUAACAUCAGAUGAUUUAGAUAUUAUAUGGGAAUCACAAAUUGGUAAACAUGAAACUAUCAUUAAAAAUAUAUUCAAUAUGUUAACUCGUUUAGCAUUGGAAUUUUCAAUGAAUCAAUUAAAUUAUUUAUUUAAUUGUUUUAAGCAAAGUUGGAAAAAAGCAACAAAACGUCAACGUGAACGUUUAAUUGAUUUGAUUACAAUGUUAGCUGAACAAGAUACAGAUGGUAUGAUGAUGCAAAAAACAUUAGAUCUUCUAUGGGAUUGGGCUAUCAGUUUGAAAUUUUCUACUGAUUUAAUGAAUGCUUCACUUAAAUCACAUGCAAAAAUUCUUAGUUGUAAUAAUAAGCCAUUCUUAUGUCAACUUCGGAGUGUUUGGCUUGGGAAGCUUGCAAGUUAUUUGAAAAUUGAACCAAACAGCGAUGAAGGUUGUUUAUUACCUGCUGCAAAACAAUUCAUUGAAAUUGCCAACCUUUACAACACGGGUUCAUCAAAUGAAAAUACUUUAAUUCAAAGUAUAAAUCAACGACAUAAUGUUUUAAAAGCAGCUGUAGAUUGUAUCAUACAAACAAUGUGGUCAGUACAUGAAGAACGUUUAAAUGUAAUAAUAAAAAUAAACAGAAGGUUACAUCAUGAAUUCUGAUGGUCGAAAUUUGUCAAUGAAGAUAAGAUUUAACGUAGUUUGUUUAUUUUCCAUUAAUCUAUAAUGAUGGGAGGGGGGCGCGAUUUAUUGGUUUUUAAAAUUCUAACUUUCUUUAACCUAGUUGAUUUUUGUUGUUGUUUUUUUUUUAACCCUUUAGUAACUGAUUUAUUGAAAGUAAACGGUUGUUUUAUUUAGGACAUAUGACUGUUGAAUGUUGUUUAUGUAAAAGCUGGUUGGUAAAU